CCUCAUAAAAUGAGUGAACUGCAAAAUUUUUAGUCAAUCAAAUUGACCAAAUGCACUAAUCAUACAAGACUGUGAAUCCUUAAGAAACAUCUAGAGGAUUGAUUCUCUCUGGACGUCGAUGGCAUCGUGUCCACAAGACGAUGCUCUGAAGAAACUCGAAUAUCUCUCUCUUGUCUCCAAAGUCAGUUCCGAACUGCAGAGCCAUGUCGGGUUUUCCGACAAGACUUUGGCCGAAUUCAUCACUGAAAUGGGCCGCAACUCCAACACUGUCGAAGAGUUCGAUGCCAAGCUCAAAGAAAACGGCGCCGAGUUACCCGAUUACUUCGUCCGCACGCUUCUCACUAUUAUCCACGCGAUUCUGCCUCCAAAACCCAAAGCCUCCGACAAGGAAUCCAUGGCGGAAAACGCCGGUGACGGUAAGAAGUCUAAAUUUAAUGCUUUAGCGAUUGCAGAUGAUAAGAAUAGGGCUAAAGAACUAGAGAAGAAAAUUGAGAUGGAAAUGCGAGAUAAGAUGGAUAGGGAUAGGGGUAGGCAUAGAGAUCAAUCUAAGGAAGAUGAUGAUGAUGACGAUAGGAGGGGUUAUGGCAGACGGGGAAAAAAUAGGGAUCGAAUCCGAGAUAAUGUGGAUGACAAAGAAUAUAGGAAUAGGGAAAGGAACAGGGACCGGGAUAAUGUGGAAGGUGAUGAAGAUGGGGGGAGGAGUAAUGGGAAGUAUAGGGAUAAUGAGCCUGAAUUGUCUAAGGUAUACAAGGGUAGGGUUUCGAGAGUGAUGGAUUCGGGUUGUUUUGUGCAAUUGAAUGAUUUAAGGGGGAAAGAGGGUUUGGUUCAUGUUUCUCAGAUGGCUAGUAGAAGGAUUCCCAAUGCUAAAGAUGUUGUAAAACGGGAUCAAGAGGUUUUUGUGAAGGUAAUUUCUAUUUCAGGUCAGAAGUUGAGUUUGUCCAUGAGAGAUGUUGAUCAGAAUACUGGUAAGGAUUUGCUUCCGUUGAAGGAGAGUUUGGAUGAUGAUGUGUUUAGAACUAAUCCUUCAGGGGGGAAAGAAGGGCCUGUGAUGAGAACUGGUAUUUCAGGGAUUAAGAUUUCAGAGGAUGAGGAUGCUGUUCCAUCACGUAGACCACUGAAGAGAAUGAGUUCACCGGAGAGAUGGGAAGCCAAACAGUUGAUUGCUUCUGGUGUUUUGAGACUAGAUGAGUAUCCCAUGUAUGAUGAGAACGGUGAUGGAGUGCUUUAUCAAGAAGAGGGUGCUGAGGAAGAGCUUGAGAUUGAGAUAAAUGAGGAUGAACCUGCCUUUUUGCAAGGGCAGACUAGGUACUCCGUAGAUAUGUCACCGGUAAAGAUAUUUAAGAAUCCAGAAGGCUCCUUGAGUCGUGCUGCUGCUCUUCAGUCUGCACUUAUUAAGGAAAGAAGAGAAGUACGAGAGCAGCAGCAGAGGACAAUGCUUGAUUCAAUUCCAAAGGAUCUAAACCGUCCUUGGGAAGACCCAAUGCCGGAGACUGGUGAGAGGCAUCUCGCACAGGAGCUUAGAGGUGUUGGAUUGUUGGCAUAUGAUAUUCCUGAAUGGAAAAAGGAUGCCUAUGGAAAAGCUUUGACUUUUGGGCAGAGGUCUAAACUUUCAAUCCAAGAGCAGAGGCAGAGCCUGCCCAUUUAUAAACUGAAAAAGGAACUGAUUCAGGCUGUGCUUGAUAAUCAGGUACUGGUGGUCAUUGGUGAGACUGGCUCUGGUAAGACAACGCAGGUAACCCAGUACCUUGCUGAGGCUGGGUACACUACAAGGGGUAAGAUCGGUUGUACUCAACCCCGCAGAGUGGCUGCAAUGUCUGUGGCGAAGAGGGUAGCCGAGGAAUUUGGUUGUCGAUUAGGUGAGGAAGUUGGUUAUGCCAUUCGUUUUGAAGAUUGUACUGGACCAGAUACUGUCAUAAAGUACAUGACUGAUGGUAUGCUUCUAAAGGAGAUACUGAAUGAUGAUAAUCUUUCACAAUACUCGGUCAUCAUGCUUGAUGAAGCACAUGAGCGCACAAUUUAUACCGAUGUCCUUUUUGGGUUACUGAAGCUUCUUGUGAAACGGAGACCUGAUCUUCGUCUGAUUGUCACAUCUGCUACACUGGAUGCAGAGAAGUUUUCAGGGUAUUUUUUCAACUGUAAUAUAUUCACAAUUCCUGGGAGAACGUUCCCUGUGGAGAUACUCUAUACAAAACAGCCUGAGAGUGACUACCUUGAUGCUGCUUUGAUAACAGUCCUACAGAUACACUUGACUGAACCUGAAGGUGACAUUCUCCUCUUUUUGACUGGUCAGGAGGAAAUUGAUUUUGCAUGCCAGUCUCUUUAUGAAAGGAUGAAAGGACUUGGUCAAAAUGUACCUGAGUUGAUUAUUUUACCAGUUUAUAGUGCCCUUCCUAGUGAAAUGCAGUCUAGGAUUUUUGAUCCUGCACCUCCAGGGAAAAGGAAGGUGGUGGUUGCAACAAAUAUCGCUGAGGCUUCUUUAACUAUAGAUGGCAUAUAUUAUGUGGUUGAUCCUGGUUUUGCAAAACAAAAUGUUUAUAAUCCAAAGCUAGGGCUUGAUUCCCUGGUCAUAACACCAAUCUCGCAAGCAUCAGCAAAGCAACGUGCUGGGCGUGCGGGACGUACUGGACCUGGAAAAUGCUACCGUUUGUACACUGAAAGUGCAUACCGAAAUGAGAUGUCACCUACCACAAUUCCAGAAAUCCAGAGGAUUAAUCUUGGUACGGUAACACUACAACUGAAGGCAAUGGGCAUAAAUGAUCUCCUUUCUUUUGAUUUUAUGGAUCCCCCUGCACACCAAGCUCUCAUUUCUGCCAUGGAGCAGUUGUACAGUCUAGGAGCUCUAGAUGAGGAGGGACUUUUGACUAAGUUGGGUAGAAAAAUGGCAGAAUUUCCUCUUGAUCCUCCAUUAUGCAAGAUGUUACUGGCCAGUGUGGACCUUGGGUGUAGCGAUGAGAUAUUAACAAUUAUUGCAAUGAUCCAAACAGGUAACAUCUUCUACAGACCAAGGGAAAAGCAAGCUCAGGCUGAUCAGAAGAGGGCCAAAUUUUUCCAGCCCGAGGGAGAUCAUUUGACUCUACUUGCUGUAUAUGAAGCUUGGAAAGCAAAGAAUUUUUCAGGGCCUUGGUGUUUCGAAAAUUUUGUUCAGUCUAGAUCCUUGAGGAGGGCACAGGAUGUCAGAAAACAGCUUCUCAGCAUCAUGGACAAGUACAAAUUGGAUGUAGUGAGUGCCGGAAAGAACUUUACAAAGAUCAGGAAAGCAAUCGCGGGAGGAUUCUUUUUCCAUGCUGCGAGGAAAGACCCGCAGGAAGGAUAUAGAACACUGGUGGAGAAUCAAGCUGUUUAUAUACACCCAAGCAGUGCCCUUUUUCAGAGACAACCGGACUGGGUGAUAUACCACGAACUGGUAAUGACUACAAAGGAGUACAUGCGAGAGGUAUCAGUGGUAGAUCCUAAGUGGCUGGUUGAACUUGCACCUAGGUUCUUCAAAGUUGCAGAUCCCACGAAAAUGAGCAAGCGGAAGCGUCAAGAACGUAUUGAACCACUUUAUGAUAGAUAUCAUGAACCUAAUUCUUGGCGGCUUAGUAAACAACGAGCUUGAUAUGUUUCACUUCUUCUCUGCCUCUAUCACCUUGUAAUUCUCCGUUAUUUUUUUUUCUCAGAGGCUUGCUGUCAGUUGCCACUAGAUCAUUAGCAUGUUUGCAAUUAUGUUAUUUCUCACAAUUUGUAUAAAGUGUACUUUAUUGCUAACUCAGUUGCUGCUACUCCCAUGUAUUGCUGAAAUAAAACCCAUCGCUCCUUA